UAGGCAGCCACCUAUACAGCACAAAGUGACAUGCUCCGACGAACAGUUUCCGCAUAAAAGAUUCAGAUUUGUGUUUACUUUAUUUUGAAAAAAAUUGUUUCGUUUUUUGGUAAUAAAAAUAAACCAUUUCAAGGCGGGUCUGUUCCAGCAGACCGGCGCCACACUAAUUUUUCAGGCGGGUAUUUUCAAUCACGUGACGUAACGGUAGGCGGUGACUACGGCCACUAUAGUCGACAUGACUGAUUGUUGUGAUAAAAAGCGAACAUUAAAGAAUGUUAUUUAAGCGAUUCCGUGAGAGCAUAGUUCAGAAAACGUCUGGUUCUGAUAACACAACAAAUCCAUAUUUUCAUGUUGUUUCACUUGUGUCGAACGAUUAAAACACUAGUGUGGUUAAGUUCGGCUGUGCGAAUCAAGUGUGCCUGAAUUCAAACAAAACACUACACAAUUUUGACUAUGAAUAAAAGGGACCUGCAGAAAUGAAUCUUAUUGAGAAGUUUAUAGUUGUUUUCUUUUCGCUGCAAUGUGUCAGUGCCAUUAAAGAUAAUUCCAAAGAUUUUAUAUUUUGUGCAAAAGCUGCAGGGACUAUUACACACAUUAGUGAAGAUGGGGGUCCUGAAGAAAUAUCAACGGAGUCUCCAGACGAAAAGUGCGUCAAGAGUUACUGCUACACCCUGUGGAAAGAGGAUCCAAACGAUGGCACCAAAACCAUCAUGGGGCAAGGUUGUUGGGACACUUCUGGCAAACCGAACGAAUGUGACAGGGCACAAUGUCUUGCCGCCAAUCGGCCUCCCAAAGCAAUGAACAACACGAAAUUUUGUUGUUGUUCUGAAGACAUGUGCAAUGUUAACUUUACCGAUGCUUACGUACCUGUCGAAGACUUCCCUCCAUCCACGACCGAAGUGGCGCCGAAGAAGUCGGUCAAAUCGUUCAUUUGGAUCGUUGUAGUUGUUUCGUUCAUAUUUGUAACGGUUAUUGCUUUUGGAGCCUCGUACUAUCUCUGGAAGAAGAAACCGAAGAAACAUGACAUGGAGGGAGGUCAGCAUGCAAUGCCGCCACCGGCUGACUACAGCUUGGACAAAUUGAAGCUUUUGAACGUUAUUGGUCAAGGGAGAUAUGGCUGCGUAUGGCGCGGAAUGAUCGAUGAUCAGGAAGUGGCCGUCAAAGUAUUUGCAGCUCAUCAUCGCAAUUACUUUCUCAACGAACAUGAAAUUUACAAACUCUCAGGUGAAAAUUCAGCCUUAUUGAAAUGCUACGGAGGUGGCGAAUAUAUUACCGCCCCCGGUGGUUUAACUGACUACCGUCUCCUUCUCAGUCUUGAGCAGGAAUGCUUGCAGGAAUACCUCAAAAAUCACACUCUAGACUUGAUGACUUUGAGUAAAAUGAGUUUGGGGGUGGCGAGAGGUUUAGCACAUUUACAUUCGGAUUUGGGAAAGCCAUGUAUUGCGCAUAGGGAUAUCAACAGUCGGAAUAUUCUAGUUAGACCCGAUUUGACGUGCUGUAUUUGCGAUUUGGGGUUGGCGGUGAUACCGAGACUUGCGGAGAACAAGUCCAUCAGUGAAGCUGGAACUCUGCGAUACAUGGCCCCGGAAGUUUUGGAAGGAGCAGUCAAUUUGCGAGAUUGCGAAAGUGCUCUCAAGCAAAUCGACGUUUACGCCCUUGGCCUUGUCCUAUGGGAAUUAGGAAUACGAUGCAGUGAUAUGCAGAAUUCUGAACCAUCGCCAUAUUCACCGCCAUUUUUCAAGGAAGCUGGAGAAAAUCCAACUUUAGAACAGAUGCAAACUUUAGUCAGUCGACACAAAGCAAGGCCUUUGUGGCCGCCGUCGUGGAAAGACACGGCUGCAGCGAGGCUCUUAUGUGAAACCGCCGAGGACUGCUGGGACCAGGAUGCUGAAGCCCGUUUAACAUCACUGUGUGUCGUCGAACGUCUCCUAGAACUCCCUUCGCUCAAAGGGCGCGUUCUUCAUUCCAUGCACCCUCCAGCAAGUCCCACCCCCUUAAUAAACAACAACCACCUUCACGACCACCAAAUCGACAUUUCCGUCGGUACCGUAGAAACCCUCUUGUCGCCAAGCGAAGAGCAUUGUAAAAACUCCAAUCAAUUAGUAGCCUGUGUAACGCCACUUCAACCCUACCAAGGACGCAAUCCUUGCCUUGAGCGGAACCUUCUUUCCGGCUCGAGUGACUCUCUUCUUAUUGAUAAAUCGUCGAAACAUUGCACAAGUUCCGAAUUUCAGAAUUUAAUCACAAAUGAUUUUCUCAACUACCAGAUUAAUUACCGAGCCACUCCUAUUCCCUAUCUCCAAAAUGCAGUCCACGGUAGCCCUAAACAGUCAAACACUUCAAGUGAAAGCUCCAAGUCUCGAUUCAAAUGGAACGGUUUUAUGAAACUCUUCCCGAAUAAAAAAUACAAUUCGGGUGAUAAUUCGACGAAAGCCACUCAAGUAAAACUCAAUGCGAAAUUAGUUAAUGGCCAAAACGGCGUCACAACUUCACUACUAUCAUCCGACAGCGAAACUAAAAGGCCUUCAACGUUGCCAUUGAACGUAGUCAAAUCACAGGAAAACUCCUGUGGAGUUACACAAAUUCUAAAACGGAAAAAUAGUUUAUCGCGUCAGAGGUCUCUCGAACAGUUCAAUGAAGUAUUCUCGUCGAUUAGCGAUCUUUCCAGACUUAAAGAUCCAUCACUGAGAAUUAAAACACCAGGUGAUGUACCGCCGUCUGUCAGAAGGACAAGGGGUAAAGCGGCUAAAGAAUCAGCAAGAUUUUCCUUGUAUGAUGAUAGGAUGAUGAGUCGAGGCCAGUGGGGCAGUGUCCCUGAUUUGGAGCCCCCUCUGCCCCCGAAGUUGCCCCAAUUAAACGAUUUGCAAGACAGAGAUAGUGUGAGCAGUUUUUAGGUAUGUGUGUGGAUUAGAGUGAGUUGUAUUUAUGUAGAGUGGCUGAGAUUUUGUAAAUUAUUUUUUAUUUAAGUGCAGGCCAAUUUGUUCAUAAUCCAAAAAUUAAGAAAAAUACUGCUAUUUUCUGCAUGGACCAGACUUACUUCCACUUGGAGAAGGUUUAAACAAUUGAAAAACCUUUUUUUUAAUUUAUAAAAAAAUCUUUUCUAUAGUAUUACAUUGUCAUGGACAUUACGUUUGUAUGCGAAAUUUUAGCUCGUCCGGAUAACAGGAAGACAACAUAGUAAUUUAAAUAGAGUAAUAAUUUUGAGGAAAGCACAAAUUUGAUUGGCUUGCACAGUGUUUAUUAAAUCAGAAUAUAGCUUAUGUUGAGUGUUGUUGGCCUUGUAAUUUUACGUACGCCUAUUUAAAAAGAUCUAAAAGCAGUUAAUGAAAUCGAAAAAUGAUUAGAAAGCCUAAGUAACGGCUUGACACCAUUACAUCUUUUUUCUGUUAAUUUUUUACUAAAUCACUUGGUAGAUGGAAAAACCAGUUGAUUAUAUUAUUUCACUAACAAAUUAUUUUUAAAAUUUGUAAGCCUAAAUAUUAGAGAAUAGUUUUUUUUUUAACUAAACUAGUCAAUUUAAAAAUUACUUUGUUGGAGUAACUUAUUACGUACUGAAGAAUACGCGUUGUGAUACUUAAAUUUGAUAUUGACAAACAACCGAAAUCAAAGAUUGUGUUAAGUUGAAUAAAGUGAAAAGCUGAGGGCCUUUAAAUUUAGUCUUGUUGAUGUCGUAUUGCUAAUCUAAUUACUUAGGUGCGUUGUAAUAAAACGAGAGACUAAAGUACAAUUGAGCCACUUUUUUCUUUUAUGACUGAUUUUGUAAAACGAAGCGCUCAUUAAUAAUACACCAACACAGAGCACGACAAAGUCCCAAAUUUUCAUUUACAUUUCCAACCAUAUUAUUCGCCUAUUUGUAGAUGUAUAAUAAUUAAUAGCUCAAAGUAUUAUUUUUGUAGUUACAAGAGAGGUUGAGUGAAGAUAUAAUAUGUUAAUCAAAUAUUUUCUAAGUGAAAUUAUGUAAACAUUUUCUUUAUAAAAGUGUAGCCGUAGGUUAAUAUUUGUGAACGCAAUUAAAAAAUUGAUGAAACAUACUCCAAAAAUUUUUCUGUGAUUAUACUAGAAUUUUGAUUCUAGAAAACAUUUUCUUUAGGCUGUGUAAUUACGUGAAAUGCGCAUUCCUUUUGUUUCGUGAGAGAAUUAAAUGGGAAAUUUAAUUUUCUCGCCCAAAAUCACAGUAAAAUUUUCAAAAUUAGCGAGUAACGAUGAGCGACAUUUUUUAUUGUCAAAGUGUGCAUAAGUUACGAAAAUUAAGAUCAAUAAACAACAAGAAACCUAA